GCAAUCACCCCUUUUCCAUCUUCUUCCAUAUCUCAACCCUUCACCACCGGAAAAUGCCGCCAAAGUUCGACCCAACGCAAGUAGUCGACGUGUACGUUCGCGUCACGGGCGGUGAGGUGGGUGCAGCAUCUUCCCUUGCACCCAAAAUCGGCCCACUCGGCCUCUCUCCAAGAAAAAUAGGAGAAGACAUCGCAAAAGAAACAGCAAAGGACUGGAAAGGUUUACGUGUUACCGUGAAACUCACCGUACAAAACCGUCAGGCGACAGUCUCCGUUGUUCCUUCUGCCGCUGCUCUGGUGAUCAAAGCGUUGAAGGAGCCGGAACGUGAUGGGAAGAAGGUGAAAAAUAUUAAGCAUUCAGGUAAUAUAUUGUUAGAGGAUGUUGUUGAGAUUGCAAAAGUGAUGAAGGUAAGAUCGAUGGCGAAGGAGUUGUCGGGGGCGGUUAUGGAGAUUCUUGGUACUUGUGUUUCGGUUGGGUGUACGGUUGAUGGGAAGGAUCCGAAGGAUUUGCAGCAGAUGAUUGCUGAUGGUUACGUUGAAAUUCCAGUUGAAUAAGCGUUCUGUUAGGGUUUUUGGUUUUAUUGUUCUUUUUUAUGUUUUAAUAAUUGAUAAAUUAGUAGAAUAAGGAAAAGAAUGGCAGUUAAGACGGAGAACAAGCUACUACGCUGCAACUAAUUUUGAUCCUACUAAGAAUAAAACUUUGGUUUCUUGGUUUUGUUA